CUUGGAAAGCAGGACUCGCCGAGCCAUGACAUCAAACAUGCGGGACGGUGCUGGGGUAGCUCCGUUGCGCCAUCCCUGCUAGCGCCGUGCCACAUGACGAUCAUCCUCCUCGCCUCCGACCGACAUCAUGGCCAGCGGGAGCAACGCUGAGAAUCGAGCCUCGCCCGCGCUAUGCGGAUCGACUCCUUGUCCCUGCGUAGGGUAGUGCGCCGCUGCGAGCUUAAGCGGAGGACUAUGCCCAUCUUCCGCAGGACGCCUGGCAGUAGUGCGCGGAACGCGGGUCGGUUUCACCUUCAAAUCUUGUUCCUGAUACCCCAGCCUGCGAGACGGAAAUUUACUGAGGUCACCGCCUCCGCACUGGUACAGCCCACCAUCGGAAUCGAGACAUGGCAGAGCAAUCGCGAUGCAUCUGAUGCAGGUACAUGUCGCGUCGAGCAGCGCCAAUCAUGCCAAACGGAAGGUCGAACCGUGCGCCGUGUGGUUCGCUUGCAACGGCAAAGACGUUGCGUCAAUCGUGGGGUCUGCAACCGUCGGAAUUCGGAAGCACCUCUGCGUCGGGACCAGCAUUUGACAGAGCCGACAUCACCGUCUCGCACGCGUUGCAGGUCGCGCGAGUGUCUGGCAAGAAGAAUAGUGUGCACAAUUAGAUACGCUAUAGCAAUAGGCCACGGCCAAUUGCGGGAUAUCAGCAAAGAAACGCACCAUCUCCAACGCCCAAAUGCAGGUACAGAGCCAAGCGCCAGUGACGCUGCACCAGUCAACUGGGGCUCCUGGCUGAUGCCGAGCUGCUUCAACGUCGUGCGCCCUCGCACCACGUCAGGUACCAACAAGCUCACGCUUCCCAGACGGCGCGAUGCCACUCUCAACGUCUUGUCCGGACUUGCUCAGCGUCUUCUUGUGCUUGCUGUCUUUCCCAUCACCACUCGACCCACCGGAGCUGUGACGUAGUUUGUGCCAGAUCUUGCGUCUCCAGCUCCUCUCUCGCUUCUCAGCCUCCUGCUUUUCGUUGUGCGCAGCCAUGAGCUGUCGCUCCUUUUCGGCGCUUUUGCUCUUGUCUUUUGACUCUUCCAUCUUCUUCUCGUACUCUUCUGGAUGGCU